AUGUAUAGAAGUAGGAAUAGAAACAGAGGGAAUAAUAUUAAAGGUCCAAAUUCUGCAUUGACUCAAUUUUUGCAAGAAGAAGGUAUCAGCGCAGAGAGUAUAAAACAAAGAUGGUUAGAUACACAUCCAACAGAAGAUGAAGUGGGGAAGCCUUCAGAUCAAGAUAAUGUGAAGGAGCACGAGGAAGAUAAGAAUAUUACUGUGAGUGAAGAAUCCAAAUCUUUAGAGACAUCUGUAGAUUUAUUGGAAUCUAGUGACGAAGAUGAGGAAUCGAAAAAUUACAAAAAUCUUUUAGAUAUAUCUAGCAAACGAAGACUUAUGACACUCAGAGAGGGUGAUGAUAGUGAUGAAGAAGAAUAUCAUGCAUCAGAAUCUCCAAGUGUCCCACCUACCAGAAGCGAAAAAGAUCCGGCAACAAUUUUGAAACAAAGAGCUAGGACAAAGAAACUUCUUCAUGGCAGAAAGAAAAGAAGAAAGAGAGCAGCUAAUUUAUUGGAUCAAAAAGGUGAAGAAAUACCCUCGUUGCAACAAAUUGCUUUAUCAGUUAUAAGUAAAAAUAUAUCUUCCUGGGAAACUGAUAACAAUAAUGAAAAGUUUUUAUUUACCCAUUUAAGAGAUGUGUUAGGGGGUAUAUCACUAGACAAUUUAAAUAGGUUAGCUAAUGCGUUGUCCAAGAACAGAGCUUUAAAUGACAACACCUUACAACUGUUUUUGAAGACUGAUUUGAAAAGUUUAACCUUUUAUGAUUGUUCUAAGGUAUCAUAUGAAGGCUACAAAACAUUAGCCAUCUUUUCACCUCAUUUGGAGGAACUUUCGUUACAGAUGUGCGGUCAAUUAAACAAUGAAGCAUUGUUAUAUAUUGCCGAAAAGCUUCCAAAUCUAAGAUCCUUGAAAUUGGAUGGUCCAUUUCUAAUUAAUGAGGAUACUUGGACCAAAUUUUUCCAAAUCAUGAAGGGGAGAUUACAGGAAUUUCAUGUUUCAAACACACAUAGGUUUACAGAUAAGUCAUUAAACAGUAUGUUACAGAAUUGUCAUACAGAACUAGUUUCAUUAGGGUUUUCAAGAUUAGAUUCAUUGUUCAAUUAUGCUAUACUGCCGCAGUAUUUAACUAAUGAACAUUUUCACACACUAGUUAUUGAAUAUCCGUAUAAUGAGGAAGACGUCUCAGAUGAAGUAAUUAUAAAUAUCCUGGGUCAAGUUGGCCCAACUUUGAAAUGUCUUGUAUUAAAACAAUGUGACGAAUUAACGGACUCUAUGAUCGUAAAUGGGAUGAAUGCCUUUUUGUGCGGUACAAAUGGUGUUAACGAUACCUUAAAGACAUUGGUUUUGGAAUCGCUAGAUCAAAUAACAUCCGAUUCGCUGGUAUAUUUUUUCAGCCAAAUAUCUUUACCAUCGAUGGAAACUUGUAGUCUGAUGAGAUGUACAGAGAUCAGUGAUGAUGCAAUCGUAGAACUAUUUCUAAACUGUGCGAAGGAUUCAUUGAUUCACUUAAAUUUAAAUUCAUUGAAAAAUCUGACAGCUAAAACGUUUUCGGUUUUUAAAUGCGAUAAGUUGGAAACUCUCGACUUAGGGUUUAUUAGAUGUAUUGAUGAUGGUACAAUGGAGUUAAUUUGUAAGCAAAAUUUGAAUUUACAACUAGUGGAUGUCUUCGGUGAUAACCUAAUUACAAAAAAUGCUAAUAUUAGACAAGGCGUGAAGCUUUUAGGGAGACAAAGUGACAGUAUAUAG